GGUUUUUUCCAUGUUGCCGUCAGUGGGAUAGCUGGUAGCGGCAAGUCGUCACUGGUUAACGCGUUCCGAGGCAAGCACAAUAUGGAUCCUGAUGCUGCCGCGGUUGGCGUGAACGAGACCACUCUUGUGGUGGCCAGAUACCCUGAUCCAAACCCAUCCAGCCGCUUCGUCUGGUACGAUGUUCCCGGAGCGGGUACCUUAAAGGUUCCCGAUUGGAAAUACUUCAAUGACCAAGGGCUGUUCGUCUUCGACUGCAUCAUCGUUGUAGUUAACAAUCGUUUCACUGCCACUGACGUCGCUAUCCUUUCCAACGCUAGGCGCUUUGGUAUUCCCGCCUUCAUCGUCCGCUCUAAAGCGGAUCAGCACAUCAGGAACCUCAUGAAAGAUAUAGGCUAUAACAGUGACGAUGAAGGUGGAAACAAGGCUAGCUACUUUGCACGGGCGCGCGACCAAUACGUGGCAGAAACCAUCCGUAGCAUCAGGACUAACCUCCAAGAGGCGAACUUACCUGAUCAACCUGUCUAUCUCGCGUCGAACGUUGCUCUACAAGCAGCUGUCGCAGGU